GCGCAUCAUCUCCUCUGCAGGCGGUGACUUCAACAACAGCUCCUCAAAAGUUCAACCCGAGCUAGCGUGAAUGUUAGGGAGUCCGAGGAGAUCUGCAGAGGCGUAUAAGGCUACAACAAUACUACAAGGAGCUGAAUGGCCUCUGUUAUAGCAGCGAAAACUGAGAAGCGACCUGCUGCUGAUUCUCAAGAUGCAGACUCCAAUGCAAAAAAGCCCAGGAAACUUCUGCCCAGCCUGAAGACCAAGCGUGCCCCUGAGCUGGUGCUGGUGAUAGGGACUGGGGUGAGCUCGGCAGUGGCUCCACAGGUCCCAGCUCUGCGCUCCUGGAAGGGCCUCAUCCAGGCUCUGUUGGAUGCAGCUAAUGAUUUCGACCUGCUGGAGGAGGAGGAGAGCCGGCGCUUUCAGAAGCACAUGCAGGAGGACAAGAAUCUGGUGCAUGUGGCCCAUGACCUCAUUCAGAAACUUUCUCCGAGAACAGGUAAUGUGCGAUCCACGUUCUUCAAAGACUGCCUGUAUGAAGUGUUUGAUGACUUGGAGUGCAAAAUGGAGCAUGCUGGGAAACACCUCCUGCGCUCUGUGCUGCAGCUGAUGGAGAGUGGAGCGCUGGUCCUCACCACAAACUUUGACAAUCUACUAGAAAUCUAUGCAGCUCACCAGGGCACUAAGCUGGAGUCUCUGGACCUCACAGAUGAGAAGAAGGUGUUGGAGUGGGCUCAGGAAAAACGAAGAUUGAGUGUUUUACAUAUCCAUGGCGUGUACACCAACCCCAGUGGUAUUGUACUGCACCCUGCUGGCUACCAGAAUGUACUACGGAACACUGAAGUUAUGCGGGAGAUCCAGAAGUUGUACGAGACCAAAUCUUUUGUGUUUCUGGGCUGUGGACGGACAGUGGAUGACACCACGUUUCAGGCCCUUUUUUUGGAGGCGGUCAAACACAAGUCGGACCUGGAGCACUUCAUGCUAGUGAGGCGAGAGGAUGUAGGAGAGUUUAAAAAACUACGGGACAACAUGUUGGACAAGGGAAUCAAGGUCAUCUCAUAUGGAGAUGAAUAUGCUGAUCUGCCUGAAUACUUUGAAAGGCUGGCCAAUGAAAUCUGCAAUCGGGAUGUAGCAACCAAUGGCUGCGGUUCUCCUUCGCCAAAUGAGGAGGAACAACAAAAUGGCAUCACCACACAGAAAAACCUCUUUCAAGACAUCACUCUUGACAGGCAAACUAUUGGAAUCACUGUCAAUCAUUCUCCCCCACAGCUCCAUCCAGUCUAAGCUACUUGGACUAAGGUUUCAGCCUCAUUCAGACUUGGAAAUCCAGGAACCGUUUAAAGAUAUGGGGAAAAAAAGACAUUCAGAAUUGUUUUUAUAGGCUUUCGUUAAAGGGAAAGUCAGAGUGUCAUAAUCAUUGUAUACUUUUGUUUACAGAAAACAUGUUCCAUGCAUUUUAGUAGGGCUGUAGUCAAUUCUAGAAAGUCUUCAUUAGUCAGCUGAAGUGGCCAUGUUACAAGCUCUCAAAACUAUCCGAUAUCUCUAUGAUCUGGCUCUACAUUUGAUCCAAAAUUCCAAUAAUAACCCAACGUGUAGUAGAGAAAUAGCAGCUAAACUGUGGAUACAUUUGUAUGUGGCCAGUAAAAAUAUGAUAAUUAGAAUAAUCGAAUAGCCCAACAACACCCACCUAUAAAAAUUUUGGUUGACUUAGAAUCCAUUGAUUAUCAGAUUACUGACAAAGCGGUGUAUACCUUAGACCUACAUUUUAAUCCUUGGCUUGAACCUUUGUGUAUGGACAAUAAUGACCACAUUUUAACAUGUAUAGAUUGAAGUAUUAAGAACCUUUUUUCCUUCAAUUACUCUCAGUGCAUUGGGCACACUUAACCCUGAAGCAUUAAAGCUGUCUAUGUACAGACUUACGGGCAGGAAAUAAGCCUUUGACAAGUCACAAGGAAAGAAUGCGCAUGGUUUUCAUUAGCAAAUAUUUUUCACUGUUGUUAUAAAAUUGUAAUUGAUUUUGUAUUUUGAUAAUAAAAACUUACAAAGAAAA